GUUCCUGAGGCAGAGGGAGCCAAGCACCAUAUCUCCGUAGGCAUCGCUAAAGAGUCGAAGGGCUUUGGGGGAGACGUCCGGCUUCAAGAAGACACGGUUCUUCUCGGCCGCCGCGAACAGUCUGUCACCUAUCUGCUCGGGAAAGCCCACCAAACUUCCCAAGAGAAAGAACGCGUCUGUCUGACUACAGCUUAAACUGAUAGCUUCCUGUUUGACUGGUUGGCGUGUACGUUCGCAGAGAUGGCGUCUUCGAACGACCCAUUUCAAUUUCAAGAAUUUGAAGAGAACAACCUCCUGGCAACUGACAAAGAUUCCACCACCAUCAGUAUCGAGGAUGAUUUUAUAAACCAGAAGUCCUCCAGUGGUUUUGUUUCCAGUCUUGAUAAUGAAGACCCCAUGGUCGAAGAUGACAAAGCUGAGCUUCUCUCAGGGCAGAAGAAAAAAAGCAUCCCUUUCUGGACUUUUGAAUACUACCAACAGUUUUUUGAUGUUGACACACGCCAUGUGAAAGAAAGAAUCAUUGGAUCGGUGCUGCCUUGGCCAGGAAAGAACUUCAUACAUGUGUACCUUCGCAGGAAUCCUGAUCUCUACGGACCGUUCUGGAUCUGCACCACUCUUGUGUUUGCCAUCGCCAUCAGUGGUAACAUCUCCACCUUUCUGGUGAACCUUGGCAAGCCAGACUAUAAAUAUACACCCGAGUUUGGAAAAGUGACCAUAGCUGCGACAGCCAUCUUCUGCUAUGCUUGGCUUGUACCUCUUGCCGUGUGGGGUUUCCUACUGUGGAGGAACAACAAGAUCAUGAACUUGGUGUCUUAUUCCUUCAUGGAGAUUGUCUGCGUGUACGGAUACUCCCUUUCUAUUUACAUUCCCGCUGUGGUUCUAUGGAUCUUCCCAUAUGAGUGGCUGCGGUGGCUUUCCAUCGUGGUGGCACUCUGCCUCUCCGGCUCCGUCUUAGUCAUCACCUUCUGGCCGGCCGUCCGUGACGACCAGCCCAAGAUGAUUGCAGCAGUCAUGUCAUCCAUCGUGUUGCUCAACGUCCUACUCGCCGUUGGUUGCAAAGCAUAUUUCUUCAGCAAAGCAGAGCCAAUGCCAGUGCUAGUGCCAGCGCCUGUCAAGCCAUCGCCUGUCAAGCCGUUAACAACUGCAGUAGUCCGCCCGCACACAUGAGAAGUUGUUUAAAGCAUCUCCUGUUGCCUUAAUUGAGAGAAUCGGGUUACGGUGUGGCGAUGAAGUCACGGGCCAUCUGGAUUUCACCUCAUAACCUACACUGGGGGUACGCUUGGGGCACCUUGACCAAGUAUGUUCUUUUUAAAGGGGAUUGGUAUGGUGUGGCACAGUGGAUUUCUAUUUAUUGCUAGAACAUGACAAACUUUGAAGGUCUUUGAAUGGCACUGAAGACAUUUUGUAUGAAUAUAAUGGAAGUGGCAUUCAGACAGCAUAUUACAGACUUGUCCUUACUGGAUGAAUGUAUUUAAUUUUCUUUAGUAAUACCAUUGUAAUUGUCAAUAAAAGUACAAAGGUGUUAGAGCCACACUGAUCUAUGGAAAAAAUAAAACAUAAUUACAAAACAAAGUGCUUAUGAAUCACAUUUUUGAAAGAAAUGAACGGGUAAAAAACAUUUUACAGGUAAACUGUUUUAAUCUUACUCUAUGCUACAUUAAGAGGGCAAAGACCUAACUUUAUUAGACUGUUGUAAAAUUGUGAGGAUUAAGUUUUCUUUAAGAUAUUUCUUCCACACCCUUAUGAUAGCACACAUCAAAUAUCACCUUAUUCUGUAAAGAUAGAGAAGAAUACGAAUUUACAUUUUUUUAAAAUAGGAUAUUACAUUUUCUUGACUUCAUUCUGGUAAUAUUUCCUCCUUUAUUUACAAAAAUGAAUCGGUAAUAUGUCAAGAAUGAGGUAAUUUGAGAUCACAAACGUUCUAUGAGAAGACAACCGUAAUUUUAUAAUGGUAAGUCAUAAUUUUGAAAGGCUAUGCCCCUCUCAGUGUGGCCCUAAUACAAGUUUGCACAAAAUUACUUGUCAAUUUCCAAGAAAGUUUUAAUUUUUAUUUAAUUUUUCUGGUUUGCUAAUAAUUUUGAUUCUUGUUCAAUUCAUAAAUCAGAAGUUACAAGAAACAUCUAUUGUCACUUCUAGAUGCUAGUACUUGGACAUUUUCAUCAAAUAAACACUCAAUCAAAAGAAAAA